CGGUGCACUAUAUAAGCUGAGGGUGUUUCCAACACGGCACACACUGCCCACCAGACAUCACACCAAGAUGAAGCUCCUGAUCGUGCUGUGCCUCGCUGCCGCGGCCCUGGCCCGGCCCCAGAGUGAGAAGGAUGCCACCAUCCUGAAGUAUGUGAAUGAGCUCCGCGAGGAUCAGUCCUACGACUUCAGCUUCGAGACGUCAAACGGCAUCGCUCGCGAGGAGUCUGGCCUGUCCUACCCGGGCCUUGAGCGGGAGACUGGCAGCUACACCACAUCAGGAAGCCACGAGUUCACCCACCCCGACGGCACCGUCACCUACCUGUCCUUCAUCUCUGACCAGGACGGCUACCGGCCCGAAAGCGACGCCAUUCCCACCUUCAACGGACGCGUCGACAUCCAGGACGCCUAAACAACACGAAUAUGACGCGUUGUCAAAGAGCAGUGGCAGGAGGAAUGUGUGCUUGAGUGGCGUGUGUCAUGGUCUGCAUUUUCCUCUGAUACUAUCUGUUGGUCGCAGCGCGUUUCAAAGGUCGGGUUGGACCUCGUUUCCCACGACCAAGCGCUGUGCUGGCAACUGUUAUGGUCGCUGUCGCGGCUGAGUGCUAUUUUUGGUCUCUCUCACAUUCUCGUCCACAAAUGGUUAUAUCAUGCCGAGUGUCAUGUGUGAAUGCACUGGCAUGGGACCAGCAGCAUCUUUUACGAUGAUUCGUUGUAUUCACGAGAAAUAUAUUUGCUCAUUGCUGAGCACCUA